AUGGAAAGCAAUGAGAAUGCCGAUAUUGAAAUUGAUGAUUAUGAAGAAGUAAAUGAAGAUACAGAGAAGACAAAUGUAAAGUCAAACAGUGAUGAUUUUGAUUUUUUGAAAGAAAAUGUGUCAGCUUUUGUUUCUGAAAUUAUUCGAUAUAAACUUAAAGAUAAACACAAACCUACUACCUCUGUCCCAAGCGUAAUUAAAAAGAAAUUUAAUUCUAUAAAGGAUGACCAGCAUAAAAUUAGUAUAAAUUCUCAAAAACAGAUUGCAUUAGAAUAUUUAAAUGAAGCUAUAGUUUUAAAAGCUAGUGAUCAUCGUCAUUACUUAAAUCGUUGUUACUGCUAUUUAAGAAUGAAUAAAUACAAUUUAGCUUUGGAAGAUGCCAAAUAUGUGUUACAAACAAGUAAAGAUAAUUUACAUAUUUAUCUUGCAAAUGUACGAGCUGGACAAGCUUCAUUUGGUUUACAGAAAUAUUAUGAAGCUGAAAUAUACUUAACAAGGGCUACUUUUAUAGAACCAGAAAAUUAUCAUACACAAAGGGAAUUAAUGCGUGUAAAACUGGCAAAUUUAGUUGAAAUGGGAUUUCAAGAGAAGGAUGCUUUGUUUGCAUUAGAGUUACAUUCAUCUACAACGGAGGCAAUAGAAUAUUUAAUCGAAAAUAAUGCUUGUUCAAAUAAAUCUAAAUUUAACGAUUUUGAAAUUUUACACAAUGAUUAUAAUAAUAUGAUCUAUUCAUCCGACGAUGAUGAAAAACCAAGUACCGUUGAAAUUUUAAACAAAAUAAUGAAUUAUAAGGCUGGUGAUAGAAAAUUACAUAAUAAUUUGACAAAUAGUCCAAAGGCAAAGUAA